GGUGGAAUGUGGAUGAUACUCGUUAAACAUUCGAUUACAUUUGUGACAAUGUGGAAGUUACUAUUAUUAUUAACCGUUUUGGUUAAUAUCUUUUCAAUAGUGUCCUCGGCAAAAAAAACUGAGACAACUAUAAUCACGACGAAUACCGCCGCAGCAGCUGCAAGUAGCGCUGUCGUGGAAAAUGGAGACAAAAGUUCAGCGGCUGGAGCUGCCGCAGCUUCAGCAGCCAGCAGCACAACUAUAAUAAAAACUGAACAGCGUGUCAAAAAGUGUGCAGUCAACGAAAGAUACUCGAAGUGUCCAGAAAAACUUUGCCAGCCACAAGUAUGUGAGGACGUUGGGGUCCCACAGUGUUCGAUUCAUGACGAAAGGUAUUUCAACAAAUCAGGACCUUGCCCUGGACCUCCAGCAUGCAUCUGUGUCGAAGGUUUCGUAAGGAAUGAUGAGGGAGUCUGUAUGCCAGCUACGGAAUGUCCGUCUUGUGGCAAUGACAAAAACGCCACAGCUGGUUGUGGUGUGAACUGUGGCCGGCGAUGUUCCAACUACAUGUUGUCUGAUGUCGCAUGUGGCGAUAUAUGUUACCCCAACAGUUGUGACUGUAGAAAGGACUACGUGUUUGAUGAUUAUCUAGGCGUCUGUGUCCUGCCUCAGGAUUGCAGUAACAAGAACGCAACUGAACCAGAAGGCACAGAAGGCACUGAAGGUACACCAGGAAAUGAAGAUGGAAAUGACGGUACAGACCCUUGUGAUGAUUGCAGUGAAAACUGUGAUAAUACGAAUGAAACCACUGAAGAUAUAGGAGAAACGGAUUGCAAUGGAAUGGAUGGAGAGUCCACAGAGUCAGAAAUGGAUUCGUCAUCUACCACAGAAUCCAAUGAAGGCACCGAUUCAACUACUGAAGAAUCAGAAGUAACAACUGAAGGCUCUGAGAAUGGUUCUACAAUAGCCGAAGAAUCAGAAAUAACAACUGAGAAUGGUUCUAAAACAGUAGAAACUGAGACAGAUAUGACAACGGAAGAAUCGGCGAAUGGAUCAACAACAGAAGCAAUGGACAAGGACAUGACAACAGAAGAUUCUGGAAAUGAAGUAACAACGGAACAGUCUUCAAGUAGUCAAGCAACUACAAAAGCGCCUACAUCAACGACAACAAGGAGAACUCGUAGACCAAGAACUACUACUAAAAGACCGCGAACAACUACAAGACGGUCUAGAAGAACUACAACGAAAUCACCCAGUAGAAGGACAACGACAACAACAGAAGCGUCAACUACAAAAGGACCGAAAGAUUGCAGAGGUCGUAACGAAUGGUACUUCGAUUGCGCACCUGCGUGCCCUCAAAGGACUUGUGAAGACUACUUGAAUGGUGUUAGAUGUCAAUCAUCUGAUAGGACCACAGGAUGCAAACCUGAAUGUCGCUGUAUGUCUGGUUUCUACAAGGAUGCAGAAGGAAACUGCGUGAGCUCAAGGCAAUGUAGAGAAUCUGGUUCUACUGGAAUGUCCACGACUACGACAUCUACUACAGAAGAGACCACUUGUGAGGAAGAAGCCAUUCCAUUAUUUGCAGUAGGAAGUCUUGGAUACACACUGAAAAUAUUAUAUGAAACAUCACUAGCGAACGCUGGCAAAAGUGUAAUGGUGGGAGGAGCAUCCAUCUUAUACUUGAUGGGUGAACUAGCCCUGUUUGCUAAAGGAAGGGCGAAGAGGGAACUCUUAAAUGUAUUCAACCUUAAAGAAACAGAACAGAUGUGUCGAUGCGGCGGGCAAGCCAACCUAGGCUAUCUCUUAAUGGCUUUAAACAAAGAACUUAUAGUUCUUGAGCAGAUCUCUUGUGCAUUCCCAAAAAUAUCAGCUGCUCUUACAACGCAGUAUCCUGACAUCGAAUUUAGUCUAUUCUGUAAAAUUUACGCUGACGACGAUUGUGCAAUGACAGACGAGUUUAUACAGAAUACUGAGAACAUUUUCGCUAUGGCACCACGAAACCUCGAUUUCUCUGCUUCAGAUGCUGCAAAGAUAAUUAGUGAUGAAGUGGAUGUCAUGACCAACGGCAACUUUGAAAAUUACCUAAAACCAAUAACGAUAUCAACAUUGGACAAUUUGAUUAUGGUAGAUGCUGAAGGUUUCCAGGGAAAAUGGGAGAAACAAUUCAAUCCAGCAGAUACAACAUUGAAAGAUUUCUACUGGAGUGGAAGAAUCAGUAAGGUGCAAAGUAUGUACCAAAAAGAGACGUUCUUAUAUGGAGAGAGUUCGGUACUCGGCGCUAAGAUAUUAAAAAUGAAUUACGUAGGUGGAAUGUUUGGGCUCGUAAUAUUCCUACCAAACAGUAGAUCUGGUUUGAACGACUUGCUAAAGAAACUUCAAAACACAAAUGUCGUGUAUUCAGCCGUUGGCAGUCUGACUAUGCAAAUGGUCGAGAUUGAUUUACCCAAAUUCGAAAUCUCUGUAGCGAAUAGAUUGAAGAUUCCUUCGAAAAAGGCGGGAGUAACACAAAUAUUCAGUAAUUCGUCUCUCGGACUGGAAAACGUAGCAUCAUGUGAAAUGCCAUACGUUAGCGAGGUCUUGCAGAAGAUUACCUUCCAUGUUGAUGAAUAUGGCAUGGGAGAAACCAGAGAUGUUGAUUUCGCUCCAAUAGCAACAACGCAAGCGCCUCGAAGACAACAGAUUAACAGAUUCAAAGCCGAUCAUCCGUUUGUUUAUUCCUUAUUCCAUAAAGAAGUUAUGCUACAAGCAGGAAUCUUUGCAGGAAACUAAUAUUAUUGAGGUAAUCAGGUAUCUAUUUAAUCCUGUUUCGGAAUAUGUAGCUAAAACAAAAAUGUGUUUGGAGUAUUAACUAAGAAGGUAAAAUUAUCAGGGCGCUUACACUUGGAACCAAUCUCAAUAUCAAUGCAAUUUCAAUCCAAUAAAAUCUCAAUAAUUAUUCAAUGUCAAAACUAUGUAAACUCAUUCAUAGGUGUUAAAAUAACAUUCAAACUACUGAAUAUAUAGGUAGAACCAAAAUCAAAACCAUUUCAUCCACGCAAUGGGCGCUAGUGUUGCAACUCAAGAGUAUGAAAAUUCACAAUAUCAAUGUCGAUUGAUCGGAAUUGGAUUCAAGAGUAAGCCCACCGGUAUCAUUGAAAUCUAUGGAAUCUUGUAUUAUUGCUAAGAUGUUUUAGUAAAUGUAUAUGAGUUUAGUUUUUUUAGAAUGGAAAACAUCAGAAUGGUAUGUACAUAAUGUCUUGUAUGUGAAGAAUUAGAUAAUAAUAUAAAAUAUCUAGAUAGAUAUUCAUAAGAUAAUUAAAU